GGCAAAGGGGGGCUCCUCAGAGCAGAGAUGGUAAUGUAGUGUGAGCCCGGUAUUGCCUGAGCACCCGCUCUCAUAAAUUGGGCUCACCACAGCAUGUCAAGGGAGACUUUCCCCUUCACUUCUUCCACUUUGCGCUCACUUCGCCUGCAGCAAGAGUGGCUAGAAUGGGAAGAUCGGCGCCGGGCAGCUGCCUGGCAGCGCUACAACCGGAGGUGCCCCCCAACUACCCGGACCCAACUUAGCCGGACCCCUUGCUAUUGCCGGGAUCCAGCUGUCCAUAAUGCCCUGUUUGUGGGUGAUCUACAACGGAUCCAGGCCCUGUUCCAGGAUGAAACAACAGCCAACAUGAUUGUGGAGACUGUCAGUGACCAGCUAGCAUGGUCAGCUGAACUGGGCCUCUGGGUACUGACUCCAAGGACCAAGCAGACGACCCCAUUACAAAUUCUGGCAGCCCGAGGCUACACCAACUGUGUCCGCCACCUGAUCCUCCAGGGUGCUGAUCCGGAUGCCCGAAUCGGGGGGCAGACAGCCUUGCAUGAGGCCUGUGCCCAGGCCCAGCCAGACUGUGUGAGGUUGCUUCUUGACUUUGGAGCCAAUGCUAAUGUGCUAUCAGAGGAAGGCAUGGCCCCCCUCCACCUCUGUACUACCCCUGAGUCUUUCCGAUGUGCCAAAUUACUGGUGGAAAUGGGAGCAUCUGUGAACCUGGCGUCAAGGGAAAGUAAGGUCACGCCCUUGCAUGUGGCUGCUGGUCGGGGCUUGGAAGAACACGUAGCCUUGUACCUGCAGCAUGGGGCUGAUGUGGCCCUGCGUACAGGCCAAGGCGAAACUGCCCUCAACUCAGCCUGUGCUGGGGCCGAAGGGCCAGGACGGCAGCAUGAGGGGGUGGUCCAGCGGCUCCUGGAGGCCGGGGCAGAUCCCCAGGCAGCAGGCCGAAAGCGCCACACACCACUCCACAAUGCCUGCGUCAAUGGUUGUGAGCGUCUAGCAGAACUGCUGCUGUAUCAUGGGGCACAGGCUGAUGUUCCCAAUGGGGCCGGACACACACCCAUGGACUGUGCUCUACAGGCAGCUGAGGAUGUCCCUGACAGGAAGCCUGAGAUCCUCAUCGCUGCCCUGCUGGACUAUGGGGCUCAACCAAUCCGCCCAGAGAUGUUGAAGCUAUGUGCUUCCUCUCCACAAGCCUUGGAAGUACUGCUCAAUGCCUACCCUUGUGUCCCACCUAGUGAAACCUGGGCCGAGGCUGUGCCCCCAGAGCUGUGGCAGGAGCAUGAAGCCUUCUACAAUUCAGCCUUCCAAAUGGCAAACCAGCCCCGGCGGCUGCAGCAUCUGGCCAGGCAUGCCCUCCGGAGCUACCUCAGGAAUCGUUGUCGCCUUGCUGUAUCCCAGCUUCCACUGCCCCCUGCCCUGAAGGACUACAUGCUCCUUCAGAUUGAGGGGAGCAUUCAGUGAGCUUGAGUUGGGGAAGGUGCUGGAUGCCCAAGUCCUGUUUGUGGCUGCACAACCCUUCUCAUUUAGAGGAAGGAGCUCUUGGAGAGCAGUGGUUCUCAGCCUUUUAAGUCCAUGGGACCACUCAAAUAGGGCAAAGGACACCAUGGACACCCACUCCUCCCAAAAGCCACAAUUAAUGGGAAGGAUGCUCAAUGGGAGUUUUUAUUAAACACAAGAAAAUAACAUAUAUGACAAACCUAAGUAUGCAUGUUGUAACAAAACAAGAACCCCCCCUCACAGAUUGCCUGGAGGAUCCUCCACAAUGACCAUUUGUCAAGAUAGAACCAGUACUGGUAGGCACUAGUGCUGGGGGAGAAGUGGGAGGUGGGAAUCUCAAGGCUUGAUUCUUCUGUCUCUUAAAUGUAAAGGGCAUUACUUUGGUGUACCACUAUAAAGAAGCCAGAACCCAAAGUAUUUUCUGCCCCAUCACCUCGUGGAUAGAGACAGUUGACAAAUGAACAAACAUUUUGUCAUUUA